CCUGACACGUGUUUAUUCACAACUGUAUUGUAUCCACUGGCCGGUAGGGGGCGACAGAUUUCGGUCUUCUUUUUGUUACCCAACAGUGAAAAGAAGAUACAGUUAUUGCCAAUAAACAAACGAAUAUGUUUUCGGCGUUAUGGACGAAAGGCGGUGGCUCUGACGCGGCCGAAGCCCUUCCGUCGCCGUGCACGGUAUGAGCUAGAAGGUCGCGGUGCUGCCCCGAUGCCCGGGAGCGGAUGACGCCGGACACGAUGCGGCACCGCUGGCUGCUUCUGGGCGCUUGCGGCUGGGUGCUGCUGAUCCUGAUGUUUGCCAGCAAGUUCAUCAGCUUCAGCUCCCGAGUCCCCGACGACUACGGGGGUAAGUCAGAAUCAUUAAGUUGGACUGUGCCGGCCACAAAAGAUGUCAAGUCCCAAGUGCAAGAGCCCGAGAGGAAGAGAACAAAGCCAAAUCAAGGUCCUGAGGGCCCUGUGGAAGGGGGCGACUGGGAGACAGUGGCGCAGAAGCGACUGGAGCUGGUAUCGGCUGUGUGCAGGAACAGCACGCUGAAGAACCUCACCCACACUCCCAUCAGCAAGUUUGUCCUGGACCGAAUCUUUGUGUGUGACAAGCACAAGAUCCUCUUCUGCCAGACUCCCAAAGUAGGGAACACGCAGUGGAAGAAGGUCCUCAUUGUGCUCAACGGUAAAUGGCAGAGUGAUUUUGUAGGUGUAGCCUCUGGGGGUGAUACUGUACAUGAGUGCUGUGUUUGUGUUUCCAGGUUAAACACGUAUUUCAAGUUCUUCAUCGUGAGAGACCCGUUCGAGAGGCUGAUUUCUGCCUUCAAGGACAAGUUUCUGCAGAACCCCAGGUUCGAGCCCUGGUACAAACAUGACAUCGCGCCCGCGAUCAUCCGCAAGUACCGGAAGAGCCGCGCGGAAGCAACGGGGCUGCGCUUUGAGGACUUUAUCCGCUACCUGGGCGACCCCGGCCGCCGGCGACUGGACCAGCAGUUUGGAGAUCACAUCAUCCACUGGGUCACCUAUGUGGAGCUGUGUGCUCCUUGUGACGUCAAGUACAGCGUGAUCGGACACCAUGAAAGUCUGGAGCGAGACGCCCCGUAUAUUUUAAAGGCUGCUGGUAUCGACCAUUUAGUUUCAUAUCCCACUAUCCCCCCUGGCAUUACCUUGUACAACAGGACAAAGGUGGAGAAAUACUUCUCCGGAAUCGGCAAAAGAGAUAUCCGUCGUCUCUACGCGCGCUUUCAAGGUGACUUUAGUCUUUUUGGCUACAGGAAACCUGAUUUUUUAUUGAACUAACCUAAAUUAGAUUUUUUUUUUUGGUGGAUCUGUACGUUUCAGUAUGGUAUGGAAUUAAAGACCAGAUGGGAGGGGUAUACUAUUUGUUGCCUGACUAAAACUGCAUGCUGUAAUAAUUCAUGGUAAAUAAGGAAGAGUUUUGUUUGGGCCCUUUUACUGCAGAAUAGGAAACUCGUUUAUUGUUCACUCUGACAUGUGCUACAGCAUGUCCUUGUGGAAUACAUCUGCAUAAAGAGAGAUCUGUUCAAGUUUAUAGGAUUACUGGAGGAUACUCAAAAGAUCCUUGCAACUUUGCUUUUCCCAUAUGUGUUGUAUUUUAGGCAGUGUUUUGAAGUACUUGUAGCCAUAACAUGUUUCUUUAUGACUGCAGAGGAGAUAUUGUAAUAGUGGCUCAUGCUAGUCAGUGAACCAUAAAGAUGUGUAUUGCAGCUGUGUGGAGAUUAUCGCUUUCCAGUUCAUAGAGAUGUGUUGAGAUUGACUUUAUAAUGAGGUAAGUAGUGAAUGGCCUAUAAGGACAAUUUGAUUCUCAUCGCAGAAAAAUUAAAAUGGGAUAUUCUGUUCAGAAGGAUUGAGAGAAGCAGCAAGCAUGACUUGUUUUUUGACGCUCGGUGUUGGAAGAAUUUAUGACAUGAAAGUAAGUAUUCUCUAGGGAAGGCAAGUUAGUGAUCUGGAUGGGCCUUAUGAACAUGAGCUAAUUAAAUGUCUCCAUGUCCCCGAACAACAUUAGUUGAUGCUCUUCCCACGCAGAAAGGUGGGAAGAGACAUUUCAGCUGUGAAACCUUGUUCACACCCCUGAAGAAGGCUCCACCACGAAAACCUUUUUUUUUUUCUUCAUUAUACCUGCAGGGUGCCGUUAACCUCUGCCUGUUCCUCUGUAGCUUGCACAGCGACACGGCUCCCCGUUCAAACCUCUGAGCCGAAUUAUCCUGCCUUCUGAUGUAGAGGAUUGUUGUGAACUGGAAACCCUCAGAGAUGAUCCACUUAUUAAAGCACCAACCUGCUGGAUCGUGUAGGAAACAUUUGUAUCAUUGCCUAACAAAAUGAACCUUGUAGAUCAGGGCUUGAGAAAGUUAUUCGCAGUGCUCUUGGUAUAGCUACCAAAUAGCAGUCAGUGGCCAGGUCUUCUGUGUACAAUCCUGUAGGUGAUACUGAUAACCAAAUCUUUUCCAUAUGGCUACACACUUUAAUAGAAUUUUGUUCAAAGACACAAAAAACUAGAGAAUCCUAACUGUGCAGUUGAAUUAAAAUAAACUUACAAAUGCUGAGAA